AUGUCGUCGCACGGCGACUCCCUGGAAGUCUCCACUCAAAUGGAGUGGAGUGUUUUACACUGGGGCCGUGGGGCACCAUCCGUACUUUAUUUUACUAAAAAAAAACUCUUUAAUUUUUCAGGCAUUUUCAUUUGCUCAAGGGUUCAAGCUUCGCUGGUGAAAUGCUCUUGUGAUCCUGGUCCAGCUGGUGAGCGAGGACCCCCAGGACCUCCUGGACCGCCUGGAGUAGGUUUUGGCAGCGACGGCGGCGGCGGCCUUGGUGGCGGUGGUGGCCUUGGUGGUGGCGGUCAUGGUGGCCUUGGUGGCGGUUAUUGGCCCUAUCCACCGACGCCUCCAUUCACGCCGAAUCUGCCGAUCAUCCCGGGACCGAGAGGCCUGCCUGGACCCCCUGGCCCACCUGGAUACUGCUUCCCGUGUCCGGCAGUGCCGCCACGACCCUUCAGGGAUUUCCCUCCUCCCCAGGGAGUGCCCGUAUCACCAUUCUUGUCCACUCAGGUGGGAGGAGGAAAUGCCGCCUCUGCUUUGACCUCUGCCGUGGGCAACAUCAUAGUGAUUCCCUCGGGUGCGUCAACGGGAUUGUCGGGACGUGCCCAGUUCUACCACAUCUCGCCCGAUGGCCAGGUGCUGCGUAUCGAUCCCCCCAAGGAUGUUCCCAAUGAACUCUUUGAUUCCCUGGGUGCUUCAACUACCAAUCCAGGGCAGCCACAGCCACAGCCGCCGCCACAGCCCACGUCGGCCUCCUUGUCGGCGAUAACGCCACCGCCCACACAGCCCACGACAGGGGAGCAACAGCAGCAGCAGCAACAGCAGCAGCAGACCACCAUAACACCCGACGCUCUGGACGAGACCGUGUUCGCGGUGACGGGCAAUCGAGGCAAGGACUUCCUGCGCGGCAACUCCGAGGCCAGCGACUGGCGGCGGAUCCUUCUGCUGGGCGAACGACCCACCGCGGCACCGCAGCAGCAGCAUCCCAACCAGCUGGGCAGCAGCAUGGAGAGCUUCCAGCGGGCUCUGGUCGAGCUGAAGGAGAAGUAUGCCACGCUCAUCCAGCCAAGGAGCGGCAAUCGAUACGCGGUUAUACUCUGAUACAAAGGGAGCUCCUCUUA